CUAACUGUCGACGACCACUCAGACGACCAACAUUAAAGACUCUUCGGCUCUGAAACUAUUUGUAUGGCCGGUAUGGGAGCACAAGGUGUUGCGGAGGGAAGUUCUUCAUCCUCCCAAUGGAAAUUUCCAACAUCGGCCCUUUUGGUUACUCCGUCUGCAAAAACCUCGUACAUCCCGCUCGAUAAAGAAAUGUACGACCGUGCUCGGGGAAUUGAAUUUCUUUAUCGUUUAGGAGCUUCGUUGCAACUCCCAUCCACGGCAUUGUUCACAGCUGCUACUUGGUUCCAUCGAUUCUAUGUGCGAUUUAGCAUGGAAGACUACCAUCGGCAGGACAUUGCUGCGGGCUGCAUCUUUCUGGCAACCAAAACGGAAGAGUGUGGUCGCAAGCUAAGAGACGUGGCUAAAGUCUUUCAUCAAAAGAUAUACACGUCCAACAUUGAUUUAUUAACAGACGAAGACAUCCAAUCAUGUCAAGAUGCCAUUCUUGGUGCGGAAGCGGUUCUCCUUGAAGCACUAUGUUUCGACUUUGUUAUAGACAGUCCUCACGAAAUCCUCGUCGACCUCAUUGAGCGGUAUGCGGGUGACGACCUUCCGCUCGGUGAUUCUGCUUGGUGCAUAGCACACGAUUCAUACCGAACGGUUCUGUGUCUCCUAUUCGAUGAACGGAUCAUAGCAGCAGCUUGCUUCAUUCUCGCUCAGCGGUUCAUGGACGGUGAACAUUCUGCCUCAUUGGACUCGCGGAUAUCCUCUUCCGCGCCAUCGUCGUCAUUACCUACGCCUCCGACAAACAAGCCCAAGUCACCGGAAGCAACCCGACUGAUUGUUGAGCACUACCAAUUCAAUGAGGCAGAACUAGCGGACCUCGCUGAGGCACUAACGAUUUUGAUCGAUUUCUACGGCGCACAAAAUGCGAUCACACCGGCGCCUCAUCUGCGUGCUAUGGGUUCGAUACAGCCUCCUGUAAUACCGGACUCACGGCUGAAGCUCUACAGAGCUGAUGCAUUUGCUGCCGCCGCGGGAGUCCCUGCAAGGCCAGAGGUUCAUUCCGGUAUCAAUCCCAGCCAAAGAACACCUGAGUCGACUCAUGGAAGCAGCUCGCCCGCCAAACCCGGAUGGAAGCCCGUAAGGGGUGAGGCGAAGGAUGAAUGGAGUAGGCCGAUCCGACCAAGAUUACACUUUGGUUGAACGUGUCACUACACAUGUAAAUCAAUCGCUAUCACUGAAAUCCAGACGCUCCUCCUCCUCUUCUUCUCUUCUUUCAUUUGUACGCUCAUAUUGACUUGCAUCCACGGAAACCGUGCCUUCUUCGACCAGGGCCUCGUCGUCCAGAUUGCGAUUUCGCUCAAAAAGUUGCUUCCCAGAAAGACGACUUCGUAACUUUUUGUAUUCGUCGCGUUCCUUCGGUGUCAACGCUUUUAGUCGUUCAUCUUCCUCGCGAGCUCGUCUCUGUGCGACCUCCUUAUCAAAUUUGGCCUUCCAAGCUUUGAAACUAUCCAUGGUUACGGGGGUCCCUUUCGUCCGUGCUUCUUCCUCCUCUAAUUCUCGUCGUUCUUUUUCCUCCUCUUCUUUCUUUUGUCGCUCUAUGCGCGAUUUCUCUAGGUCAAGCAGCUGCUCCCGUAAAUGAGAGACAAGUGUGAAUGUCAUUGCCAUUCCUAAGUUUUCUUCUCCCACUUUCUUUAGUUCGUCAUUUAGUUUAGUCAACUCAUCUUCUCCCAGAUCUCCUUCUGAGGGCUCUAACGUAAGCUCCGGUAGUACAUCAGGAUACGACUCAGGAUAGAUAACCCGCAGAGUCAGCUUCAAGUUAUCGCCCCCUUCUAUUUGUUCUUCGGGUUCAACAUCGAUCUGAACCUCAUUCUCGGAUAUUUUUGUCAUUUCUGUAGGAUAAAUCGACUCUAGCA